UUUCUCGGGCGAGUUCAACGCGUGCGCGCGUCGCGGAUGUGCCUCAUGCGCACAUAAAAGUUGUGCUUUAAAUUAAAGUUAUAUUAAUUAAACAAACUCUAAGCAAAUUGCAUCCAAGCUCAAUAUAAUUUGCAUCAAAAUAUUAUAAAGUGAGCAGAUUAAAGCAAUUUGCCUUAAACCUAUUGGAUUACCAAGCAAACAUAUUAAUUAAACUAAUAAAUCGAUUUUUAUGUGCGCAUCUUUAAACAAAACGUUAAUUUCAUCAACAUAAUUAAGUCAAGAUAUCCAUAGCAUAAAUCACCAUUGACUCUGCAACCAAUUUUCUCGUCCCGCUCGACGCACGAAUGUUUAUCAUGCCAUUCGCGAUUCUCUGGUGACACUUUGCUGUUGGUUUUUCCAUCUGUUGCAAAAACUCCCCCGAGUGUGAACAUCGACGUGAGCGGCAAAGUGUCUCCAACUCCCGCACCAUUUCGAUUCAGAAUGUUAUCGCUGUUUCGUCCCACGAGUUGUGCGCUUUCCGGCACCCCCGACUCCUUCAAUGGCGACAACGUCGUUUCUUUGCUGUCGUGCGUCGUCUGGGCGCGAAUAGAUAAAAACGAGUAAUAAAGGUUGCCUUAUUGCAAGUUAUAAACUACCCGGACAGCUUCCUGGAAUAAUAAUAAAAAAGCAUAUAGAAAGGCAAAAAGAAGUAAAUAAAAAAGCAGUUGGAUCCGGGUGGAAAACAAGUACAUCCUCGACGUGAAGCAGCAAAAAAAAGCACGAAAGGAGCAUCAGGACAGCACCAAGUAAGCGUGAAAAACUCAUCCGUUGGGAAGUCAUCGUGAGCAAUACCCAAAACAUUGUAAAGUGGUGCUGAAAAUAAGAAAAUGUUGAAUUGAAACCGAUGUACAAGCUACAGUAAAUCGUAAAUAUUGUGCGUUACAAUAUAGUAUCCCGAGAGUGUCAGGUGAAAAGUGAACAACUUGGUUUUAAUGCGAAGAAAGUGAUCAAAACUUGCGAAAGUUGAAAAGAAAACGUCAACAAAAUGCUGUCGACUAAUGUUCUAUGCAUGAAGAAGCGGAAGAAACGCAGCUAUUAUGUUUCUAACGUAUCGGAUUACGGUGGGACUAAAUAUCGGAACAAAAGAAACAGCCAUAGCGGUGUCGGCAUGAUGCAGAUCACAGAGGAUACACCGCCGGAUAUGCUCGCCGGUGCAAUGGACCUCAUGGUGCAUCUGCCAGACGGCAAGACUACCAAAAUGGCCGUCGAACGAAGUACCCCAAUGAUGGAUGUUCUGGUUCAAAUCACGAACGCUAAUCAUCUCCAAAUCUCGGGUUAUAUUCUCCAACCCUUGGCGAUACAUAGUCCACCCGGAUAUGGCGAAAAAGUCCUGCCUUACUUCCCUAACACCCCGAUUGGAACCCUAGACACACAGGAUAUUCGUGUGGUAGCUAAAAACCGUGGAGGGACUGCCCUUCAACGAGGAGGUGUCCCUGCCCAACCGUUCGAAUCCACUUUCCGAUUGAAAGUCCACCUACCACGCAAUCAGCUAUACGUCGAGCGGGUCAGCAUGCAGGCGCAUCUUCACGAAAUCAUGAAGAAGAUGUGCGAGGAAAAGAAUCUGGACAGGAAUAAAUACGAAUUUCGUCAUCCGAGUAAUUUGGAUCAAGUUUUGGACUUAAAGCUACGAUUAAACGACUAUCAAAUCACCGAGGUUUAUGCCGUGAAUAAGGGAUCCAAUCGCUUGUCUCAAGUAUUCUCCUCGAGUGAUAGUAUCAUGGCGUUUCGGAAAGAGGACGACCGGAGACAGAAAUCUGGUGGGGGUAUAUUCAACUUUUUAAAGCGAGGCAAAGUUAGUAACGGAUCCGGUUCAUUAUCAAGUGAUAAUCGAUCGAUCUCGCCGACACACAGCGAUGAUUCACGCUCAGUCUCCCCGCCUGUAGGCGGUGUAAAACUGACCACGCCGUCUGAGAAACCCAAGCCUCCGCAGCGAAAACGACGCCCCGCGCCCAAACCGCCAUCUUUGAAUAAUCUUAACACUGCAGUGGAUGAAAAGAAGAACGAUGAUGAUGGGGUGGGGGUACAGAUGCGAAAGAAAGAAGGUCUGACGAUAUGCCAUUCACGAAAUAGCAGCGAUAGUUCUGGAUAUCACGAAGCAUCCAUUUUGAGUGACAAUGCAAACACUUCGCUUCCUCGAAAACGUCCCCAAACCAUCAAUACAACCAGUAAUUUGACGGCGAUGAAGGCGCAGUCAAAAUCAACCUCAAGUUUAGCAUUUACAAGUCGGCUAAAAAAGAAAGCGGCGCCACCCCCGCCGCCAGCAAUGAAGUCGGCGCACUCCGUCGCGCAUCUAGAAAACGCUAGUCCCGUAGUUGCUAGUCCCACCAACGAAGCCACCAUUCCUGAUGAGGACGGCAAACAGCAUGAAGCACUAAAACACACUAACACGCCACUCGCACGAGUUGAAACCACGGGGGUGACGGAUGCUGGAGACGAUCCUGAAGAAUUUACUAACUUUUUCUGUCGUCGCGACGUCAAGAAUCCCGCAUAUAAACCGCCGCAUCAGUCAGAUAUUCCCACCCAACCGGAACCACAAGUACCACAAGUUCAACGCUUUGAUAAUGCUGAAGAUGAUAGUGAAGAUGAAAUAGAUUAUAAUUCUGAGAAACCGCUUGCUGAGCAUAAAUCACGAUCAAUGGAUAGCUUAAAUGAAGAAGACUACGAAAUCAUGUUUGAUAAACUUUUGAAGAAAACCAAGAGUGGUUCCAUUUUUGAUAAUUUGGAUAAAAUUGAUGGCCAUGAAGAUAAUAUAGAGGAUAAAGAUGAAGAUGUAGAUUUUAGUUUUUCAAUGCUCUCCGAAAACUCUGGUGACUCUUCCGAUGAGGAAAUGCUUAAAAUGGGCCCAGAGAGGCAUGCCCCAAAAAGAGAUCUUUCUUUUAAUUCAUACUCCCGUCUGCAUGGAAACACUGCACCUGAGAGUGAUCUGCAACACUUUUCAAAAGUGCCAGAUUUUGAUCUUAGUGAACUCGGUGGUUCCAAUAGGAUAGACAAGGCUUCAUCGCAAAAUUUAUGGGACUCUUCUUCAGAUAGAGACUAUCACUCUUUAUCAGCCAUGGAUGAAAACAUGGAAUCUAACGAAGAUAAACCAAAAAUUGUUGGUGUCUUAAUGAAGAAGAGAAAAGACAGUCUAAAGAAAUAUAGCUCUAUGGGGGAUAUUAGCAGAUAUGAUAAAUCAACGUCGUCCACCAGGGAGGACCUCUUUACUGCGCUUUACCUCUGCUCGAACUAUCCAUUAACAACUUCAGCUGAUGUAAAUGUAAAGAAAAACGAAGACACCUCACCGCCUGAAUCGCUCGCCAGUAGUCUUGCAACGACGCUAUCGAGCAACAUUGAGACUGACAUAGGAAAUAACAUUAAGGAUGAAAUAACUGAAGAAGAUGAUGAUUCACAGUUGCAAACUGAAGAAACUUUGAAACCACCGCAGGUUCCCACCACAACGGAAAAUUUAGUAAACAACGAACACAGCAACAAAACAAAAGUUGAAAUAGUUCAAUCAGAACCAGCACCUGAGAUAGUCAUAAAAUCGGAAGAAAUUGUAACUGAAGUCAUUACCACCCCAGCACCAGUUAUAUUAUCUGAUGAGGUAAAACCAGUCGAAAAACUGCAAAUUGAAACAGCACCUGAAAAAAUCAACGAAUUUUUGGAAGAGAAAAUUUUAGAGAAUUCGAAAAAGGAUAUUAAUUUACCAUCAGCAAUGGAUAACAGUGAUUGGGAAUACCAAUUACCUUCUCCACCUACAGCUUUCAGAGAUUCCAGCCCACAACCAGACACCACAACAUCUGAGGAGUCUGAAACACUCAGUGAUAUUCAUCCAAGCACUGAUUCUAUCUUAACCAGUCCUGAACUCUUCGAAAAGCUUCAUGUCAUCAAAGAAUCACAAUCUCAGAUUUCAGAGUCUGAAGUUUUGAGCACGAAAUCCGGCGACAGUGAAGAAGACAAAUUUAUUAGCAAACUGUCUUUGGAAAAUUUAGAAAUCCGAAAGAAAUUAGUGUACAAUCGCGAGUUGGCAACAAGUUUAAAAUACCAAGAUCAAGACGCUGAUGAAGUAGCCAGUAAACGAUCUAGUGUAAUGAGCGAGUUGGAAGAUAUCUUAAAACCAUCUAAUACUAAUGGAAAUGAGCAAUCUUUGGUCACACCCACAACCAUUGAGGGUAAUAAAAAUUGGAACAAGGUGCAAGCUGCAGUAGCCAACUUCAGUUCUGCGUCGAGGACAGAUCGAGCAUUGCCGAACUUUAAAAUUACUACUUAUGAUAUUCCCAAGAAGAAGAUAAAUAUUUUUGAAGAUGAUAGCAUUCGGAGCAAUGUCACCGUACCAAUACCUUCAACAGUCGGUGUUACUGAAGAAGUUGUAGAAGAUGAUAAACCAUCGUUUGAGAGGCAGCCAAGGCAGGAGUACAACAAAAAUCGAUGUCUUACGUUGAACAGACAGUUUCUACAAAGAUCUGAAUCGUUCAACUCGUGGACUCCCAAUGCCCCUGUAAAAAGGUCCAAAUCGCAAGUUGCAUUAAAACCUGAAGUACCGAAGAAAACUUUUGAAACUAUUACCAACGAAGAGAAUAAAUCAAGAAGCACUUUGGACCUUACAGGUUUACAGAGCAUUGAGGUAAUGAAAGCAAUCAGGACGACUUUGACGACUACCACCCCCACUAACACGACUUCAAAUACUACAACCACUACAGAUGAAGUCGAUACCAGUGCUUCUCCUGUAAAACCAGCGAUCGAGAUUAUAAAACCUCUUCCUCCUGCAAAACAAGCCACUCCAAGACCAUUAUCAAUGUUUGCCACUCCCAGCCUAAAUUUCGCUAGCUGGAAGGAUCGCAAACCUUUCGGUGAAAUCAAAACAACGCCAACGCCAACUCCACCCGCACCUGCUCCAAAAAUGAACAGCGUUACAAAUUUGAAUGGCACAAAUAACACCAACAAAGUUAUUUCAAAUGGAACAUCUAAUAACUUGCCAAAACAAGUCGCACAUCCAGUUAGUACCAACAACAAUGUGAGUAUUAAAGUCAAUGGUUCAGAGCCCAUCUCACAACAGCCGACUGGUAAUGUUCUGAUUAAAAUCGGCCAGCCCAAACAACAAGAUGAACUAACUAAACGUUACAUCAAUCACUCCACCGCCGUGGGAUACCGCAAACCACUCGGGAAUAUCAACAAAGUUCAGAAUGUGCGCCCACAUUCAAUCGCAAUCGAAAAGUUUGAACAAUUCGAUGCUUCCCGAGUGCCAAUCGUGCGCGCUGUGGAGCUAAAAAAGCACGCCCACACAAAUGGCACCUCGGUCACACAGAUUCGCCCCGAUGGCGAUUCGAACAAAGUCAAUAUCUUUGAAAAUGUCGUAUUACGCAGCGCCGCGGGUAGAAAAACAACCGAACGUCCGAAUUCAGUAAAUGUAACCGCAAGUUCCGAUGAUCGUGGACUACUACUCGAAAGUAUACGCAAUUUCGGAGGUAAGAAAGGACUGAAAACAGUCAAAGUAUAAGCAUUAACGCAACGACGGCUCAAUUAGCAUUAGGUGUUUGAACAGCAGAAGAAAUUAAACAGUAAUUGUAUCAGAAUCGCGACAUUGCAGUAGUAGAAAAGUAAGCAACAUGUUACGUUUAUAAUAUUUACCUUUAUAUAGUUAUUUUUAUUGUUGGUUUUUGUUUAUUGCUAGUUUUCCCUUUGUUUCACUUGGUGAUCUAGAAUCACACACGUGAAACAAAUGAAAGACGCUAAAAAUAUUAGAAAAUACCCCAAAACGCACGAGAGUUGCUCGUGUUAUGUAACUAGGGACCAAAGGUAUAUUAUGGAUGGAUUGCGCGUUAUACUAAUUACGUGGAAAGUUAUAUGAACUAUUUAUUUGUAUAAUCUGUAUAAUCUAGUUAUAUUUAUAGGGUGUACUCGCUAUAAAUACGUAUGCAAUAUCUUGUAAUGUUGAUAGCGCUAAGAAAUAUUAAUAUAUUAUCAAAAUGUUAACGAAAAUCGUGUAGAACGCGUGAAGAUAUCAACAGAGUCAUUAAAAUGAUUUGCGAAAACGAAUGAAACGUAUUGAAUACGAACGAACAUCACAUUGAAUGUGAAAUAUUACUAAAAACUUAUUAUGUUUAUUUGCAAUGUAAGAUGUAUGCAAAAUGAAUAAAAUAAAUGUAUAUUAUCAAA